AUGGGGACCAUUUGUUCCAACAGAGUCCAUAACCGUACACAAGUAGUAGAACUAGUUCCCAUGUUGGACAAUGAAGACUACUAUACGUUACCAGUUUCGUUCCAAACCCGAACCGCCGGUGAGAGGAUUACGGUGGAUGUGGGUAUUUGGAUUGUACGUCCAUUGAACAACACACUCAACACCCCGCUUGCUGUCUUUGUCCAUGGAGCACCAGGAUCAUCCCAAAAUUUUGCAGUCAUAGGAAGAAAACUUGCUGGCCAUGGUAUCAGAGUUGUUGGAUUUGACUUCCCAGGGCAUGGAAAAAGCAGACUUUCGCGACAGGAUAUAUACCGCCUUGACCACAGCACAGAAGGAAAAUAUGACAUGCUGUGUACUGUACUGGACGCUUUGGCCAUCACUAGGGUUGACGUGCUGAUAGGACAUAGUGCUGGGACCUGGUUGAACUACAAAGCAGCCGCCGACCUCUAUCUUGCCAAAUCAUCCGUUUUUCUAAACCCUCUUUCUAAAAGACGCCCUCGAACUAUGCAUCCAUAUUGGAUUCUCAAGCUUUUAGCAGCACUCUUGAGGAACUCAUCUCUUCACUCAACAACCUACAGAUGUCUCCCGUUCGUAUAUAAGGUGUCUGGCUUUUCAUUGGAGAAGGAUGCAUUUCCGUCACUACCGGCGUCUAUAGAGACUGUGAGAUAUGCUGACCUUGACAAGAUGCAGGACUAUGCUGAAACUGUUGCACUUAGGAAGCAUCCAUUCGUAAUGGCUAUUACUAAGAAUGACAAGAUUGUAGAGUGGAACUUUGCCAUGGAGAUGGCACGCCAUAUGGGAAUCGAGGAACAGGAAAUAACAGAGUACGGAAAAGACUCUGUCACCGUUGGUGACGUUGUUGGGAAAUAUGAUGAAAGUUGCUAUAGGCGAGUCCUUCUAUUUGAGAGAGGUGGCCACUUGGUACACAGAUCUCAUGAGGCAGUGAUAAUCAAACACAUACUCCAGCUUUUAAAAGCUGUCUGUAACCAUGAUUCCUGACACAACAUCACCAUCCGAUGUAGUUUUGUUAGAAUAUUUUCAAUACUUGCUGUGCUAUUAUAUUUGUGUUGUACUGUUGGUGUUGAUGAAACAACAAAUUAUUUUGACGGUUUCUGCACUGGAGUAUAUGUCGUGAGAUUUUGUGCUGCAACAAUCAGAUUGUUCUAAGAUUUCCCGACCAGAAUAUAUUUAUGUUAUAACAGAUCAGGUAAAAUGGUUGUUGACGUAAAACUGAUUAGCGAUUUCUGGACUGGAUCGCAUGUCUGUAGUUUUUGUGAUGAAAAAUUAAAAUAAUGUUGAUAGUACUGGUCUGGGCUGUGAAUUUAACAUUUAUAAAUGUAAUAAACGAAUGUCAGCUAGCUCUGGAAACGGGUGUCAUAUCACCAGGACUACCAAUAGAUAUAUAAUAUAUUCUAUAAUGUUUGAAUGUAUCUGCGAGCUAAACAACUUCAAGAUUUACACGUUAAUUUUCCAACAUGAGUUUCUUUCCUAAACCUUACACAAGGCGAAAAAAAUAAAGACCCUAACAGCACACAAUGAAAUCCAUUAAAUAAACAGGCAACGCUAAAACAAUGAUGUUGCCCGUUUCGCCUUUCCGGUCAAGCAAAUAAAACCAAUAGCGAGUGAUAGCAUCCCAUGAGCAAUAUAAAUGAAAUGGAAAUAAAACUCGAUUCUACAACAAUCACAUUUGUCAUUAUAAUCCACUGAUGCAUGACCACCAUUUUGGUCAUUUACCCAUACUUACCUGGGAUUCUCUUGUUUCACGAUACUUACAUAAAUAAUAUAUAUAUAUACUCAUGAAAUUUAUAUAUUAGCAUGUGCAAUGCACAUAAUAGUGAUUAAAGGAAUUUAAAUAAGCAUUGAAUUAGUUUCCCCUUAGUAAUUAGCUUGCCAUUAGCGAGCGGGUUCACAUCCCAGCGGACAGGCAGAUGUCUACCUACUAUUUUCUAAUAACUGGUUUGUUUGUUUCCCCGUUGCUAUUUAAUAAAGAGGUAUU